AUGGCCGACGACAUUGCUGCUCCGUCGUAUGAUGCGACAGAAGCAACCCUAAUGAAACUGGACUUACUCUUCGAAGCCUUUUGGCAAAAGAUUAGGGAGAGGCAAUGCAGCACAGCCUUGAAGCUACACCCACCUCCUGCAGCCCAGCGGUCAAAGACUCUUCCAAAGUGGAAUGGUGCCACAAACUGGCGCCGGAUGAGACCCAGGCGGACCGACACAGGUGCAAAGCAACACUCUGCAAAACUAGCACAUCUCUGGCACCACCGGGCCACACGCGGCCCACGCCGUCAUGUAAAAAGGGAGCCCCAUAAACCACAGAGAAAUCACCUUUGUGCAGCGGAGAGGCAGGCGGCAGCGGGACAUGGAACCCAUAGAGACUCUGACUCUCCUGCCGACCCCUGGCGGGAAAUACUAGCUCAAGCCGACACAAGGACCCAGAGAGACAAGUUUGAAGAUUUAUGCCCCCCUAUGGUGCGAUCUGGACCUGGCCUGACUGCCACGGGCAUAGGCUGA